GCAGCGCUGCUGCAGCCAGCACGGGAGCCGGGCAGAGCCGGGCGCAGGCCCGCGCAGGCCCGAGCUCGCUCCCUGCUGGCGGUGGGCUCCUCCUGCGCGGGGACCCCGGAGUCAAGAGCCGAGUUUACUCCGGGUCACGUGGAGAGAGGGCGGGGUUGUCCCCGGCCCGGGCACCGGAGCUCAGGCGAUCUCGGGCAAAGGACCUGUCGGUGGCAGCGCCAGGAGCCCGGAGAUUUGGCACUGCACGUCCAGGCUGGCCGACCUUUGACGCCUCGCUGGAAAGGGCUGGUCCGAUCCGUCUUGGCCGAGCGGGCGGAGCGAGGUCCUGGCUGAGGCUGCUCUACCAAGGGCCUCCGCGCGUAGUUCUCCGGUUUUGGAUGGUUGUCAAGGAGGAUGGACACAUGGUCACUGCCCGGCAGGAGCCGCGCCUUGUGCUGGUCUCCAUCACCCCUGAGGGUGGGUCCUUGGUCCUGCGGGCACCCGGCAUGGACCAGCUGGUAUUGCCCUGCAAGCUGCCUUCCUCGAACGCGCUCCUUGAUUGCAGGCUGUUUGGCCUGGACGUCAAAGGCAGGGACUGUGGUGACCAGGUGGCACAGUGGCUCACCCGCUUUCUGAAGACGGAAGCCUGCAGGCUGGUGCAGUACGAGACCAGCAUGAAGGGGCGGACGUCCAAGGAGCUCUUACCCAACGUGAAGGACUUCGGGUACCGGGUGCCCUACCCCGACUGCAGCCCGGUCCUGCUGCACACGGAGGCCUCGCUGGUCGACCUGAACACCAGGCUGCAGAAGAAGGUGAAGAUGGAGUACUUCCGGCCCAACAUCGUGGUGACGGGCUGUGACGCCUUCGAGGAGGACUCCUGGGAUGACCUGGUCAUUGGGGACGUGGAGAUGAAGAAGGUAAUGUCUUGCCCCAGGUGCAUCCUGACCACGGUGGACCCCGACACGGGCGUCAUCGACCGGAAGGAGCCGCUGCAGACCCUGAAGAGCUACCGCCUGUGUGACCCGUCUGUGAAGCAUUUAUACCAGUCGUCCCCGCUUUUUGGGGUCUAUUUUACGGUGGAAAAGAUUGGAGUCCUGAGAGUGGGGGACCCCGUGUACCAGCUGGUGGACUAGGGCCCGCUGGGCUGCAUGGAGAGCACCCAGGAGGCCUGGUCGAGGACCUGAGCAGCAGCAAGGUUACCUUGAGAAGUCCGUUACCAGCCUCGACCGUCCGCAUCCCGACAUGAGUCUCGAUGACUGACUCUUCAGAGUUAUGUGUGCUUCAGAUUAAUGCAAGCAAAGUCUUGGAGGUGAUUUGGAAUACGAAAGUAUAAAUUUCAGUAACAAAGGCUUUUUAAAUCAACAGAAUUAUCUGCAAAAUUAUCGUGGAUGUUCUUGGCCCGUGUUACACUUUUCCAGUCCCUGACUUGAAUGCUGACGAGCGCAGACUGGUUAAAGAGUUAGCAGAGAAGCUGCACUUUUUAAAAAAGUACACUUCAUUUCCCGUUAUCGUCGUUGUGAGUCCUUGUGGCCCGACUGCUUUACAAGUUCGCAGGCUCACAGACGCCCUGGUCCUGGCCCGGCUCCUCAGCCCUGCUUCUGCGUUCCCCGCCUGUGUUACGGAGUCGGGCGGCGCUUGAGGGUGGACUUUGCUUCGUACUCUUUUCUGUUUGAUUUUGCCUGUUAACCCAUGAAAAAUCAUUCGGGUCUGUUGGUCUGUCACCUAGAAGUCCAGGUAAGAAAAGGCCAAGAAUGGAAUUCAAAUGGGAGCAGAAUUUGGAGAGAGGACUGGGAGCGAGAAAACGUGGACGUAUUCUUAGGUGCAUCUUUACAGACAAGAGAAAUGAACUCUUCAAAUGAUUAAGCAGAAAUCCUCCCUGCACCAAGAGGUGAAUGAAUUAACCUGCUCAUGGCUUUGUGCUUUGUUUUUAAUAAACGUGGCUCUCAGCUCCA